UAUAACCAAAUGGAGAAGACUACCGGAGAAAGCUAAAAUCAGAAAUCGAUCGGCCGGUGGAAUUUCCGCCGACAGUAAUUUCAUCGGAAGAAUUGUAUAAACAAACUGCAUUAUACGUUCCAUAAAGUACAUUUGCAUAAAAUCUCAACCAUUUUGAGAAAAUCAUACAAUGGUAGACGGAGGAGGAUGUUGUCCGACGAUGGAUCUUUUACGAUCUGAACCAAUGCAGUUGGUGCAAUUGAUUAUCCCGUUAGAAUCCGCUCAUCGUACAGUUUCUUACCUCGGUGACCUCGGUCUCUUCCAAUUCAAAGACCUUAAUGUGGAAAAGAGCCCAUUCCAGCGAACAUAUGCAACCCAGAUUAAAAGAUGUGGAGAUAUGGCACGUAAACUUCGCUUUUUAAAGGAACAAAUGACGAAGGCAGGGAUUACUCCUUCAACAAGGACCACAAUGUGCCCAAAUAUAAAUCUGGAUGAAUUGGAGGUCCAACUUGGUGAACUCGAAGCUGAUUUAUCAGAGAUGAAUACUAAUACUGAAAAGCUUCAACGUUCUUACAAUGAGCUUCUCGAGUAUAAGCUUGUUCUGCAGAAGGCUGGUGAGUUCUUCCAUUCAGCUCAAAACAGUGCUACAGCUCAACAGAAAGAACUGGAGGAGCACAUGCAUGGCGAGAGAUCAAUUGAUAGUCCUCUGUUGUUAGAGCAGGAAGCCUUUGCUGAUCCUUCAAAACAAGUUAAGCUGGGAUUUGUCAGUGGGCUUGUUGCUAGAGAGAAAUCUAUGGCUUUUGAAAGAUUUCUUUUUCGUGCAACCAGAGGAAAUGUAUUUUUAAAGCAAGUGGUUGUGAAAAAUCCUGUGACGGAUCCAUUGUCAGGCAGCGAGGUUGAAAAAAAUGUGUUUGUUAUCUUUUACUCUGGAGAAAGGGCGAAGAACAAGAUAUUAAAAAUUUGCGAUGCAUUUGGAGCAAAUCGGUAUCCAUUCACUGAUGACAUAGGCAGACAGUUUGAGAUGAUAACGGAGGUAUCUGGAAAACUUUCAGAGUUGAAGACCACCGUAGACAUCGGACAGCUACACCGGGCAAAUCUCUUACAGACCAUUGGUUAUGAAUUUGGCCAAUGGAACCUUCUGGUGAAGCAGGAGAAGUUCAUUUUCCAUACACUAAAUAUGCUCAGUUUUGAUGUGACAAAGAAGUGCCUUGUGGGUGAGGGUUGGUGCCCAGUUUAUGCCACCAGCCAGAUACAAAAUGCGUUGCAUCGAGCAACUUUGGAUGGUAACUCACAAGUUGGGGCAAUAUUCCAGGUCUUGCAUACCACAGAAUUGCCACCUACAUAUUUCCGUACAAACAAAUUUACAUCUGCCUUCCAAGAAAUUGUUGAUGCAUAUGGGAUUGCAAAAUAUCAGGAAGUUAACCCUGCUGUUUUCACAGUAGUAACUUUCCCAUUCCUCUUUGCUGUCAUGUUUGGAGACUGGGGACAUGGUAUAUGCUUGUUUCUUGCGACAUUAUAUUUCAUCUUACGGGAGAGGAAGCUCUCUGGUCAGAAGCUUGGGGACAUCAUGGAGAUGACUUUUGGCGGUCGCUACAUUAUUAUGAUGAUGGCUCUGUUUUCGAUAUAUACAGGAUUCAUAUAUAACGAAUUUUUUUCUGUCCCCUUUGAAAUAUUUGGGCAAUCAGCUUAUGGUUGUCGCGAUCCUUCCUGCAGGGAUGCCACUAUAACAGGUUUGAUCAAGGUCCGCGAUGCCUAUCCAUUUGGUGUGGAUCCUAAAUGGCAUGGUUCACGCAGCGAAUUACCAUUUCUGAAUUCUUUGAAGAUGAAGAUGUCAAUUCUACUAGGUGUAGCUCAGAUGAAUCUUGGAAUCAUUUUAAGCUAUUUCAACGCAAAGUUUUUUCAAAAUAACGUGAAUGUCUGGCAUCAGUUUGUCCCCCAGAUAAUAUUUCUGAACAGCCUCUUUGGCUAUCUUUCACUUCUUAUUAUUGUCAAAUGGUGCACUGGUUCUCAAGCUGAUCUGUACCACGUAAUGAUAUACAUGUUUCUAAGCCCUACUGAUGAUUUGGGCGAGAACCAGCUUUUUCCUGGGCAAAAAUACCUCCAGCUUUUGUUCGUAUCGCUUGCACUUGUUGCCGUUCCAUGGAUGUUAUUUCCAAAGCCAUUUCUUCUAAAGAAACAACAUGAGGAAAGGCAUCGAGGUCAAUUGUAUGCAAUGCUUGAAAGCACUGAUGACUCGUUUGAGUUGGAGACACACGAUCAUUCACAUGGACAUGAAGAAUUUGAUUUCAGUGAAGUUUUUGUACAUCAGCUCAUACAUACAAUAGAAUUUGUACUUGGAGCAGUCUCUAAUACAGCUUCAUACCUGCGUCUAUGGGCCCUCAGUUUGGCACAUUCAGAACUGUCAAGUGUGUUCUAUGACAAAGUUCUGCUUCUCGCAAUGGGGUACAAUAAUCUCAUCAUACUUAUCAUUGGCAUAGUGGUAUUUAUAUUUGCUACUGUCGGUGUGCUACUUGUGAUGGAAACUCUAAGUGCAUUCUUACAUGCUUUGCGUCUUCAUUGGGUAGAAUUCCAGAACAAGUUCUAUGAGGGAGACGGAUACAAGUUUUCCCCAUUCUCGUUUUGUUUGAUUAGUGAGGAUGAUGACUAAAUGACAUAGACGAUUGUGUAAACACUACUGAUCAUUGAUCAAAACAUGCUUCGAUCUUUUAUCAUGCUUGUAGAAAUU